AUAAAUAGAUCGAUAGAGUUGUCGACAACAGUACUGCGAACCUUUCUAAGAUGUACGCUCCGGCCAUAUUUACGCUCUGCCUGGCGGUCACCGUCCACGGCUUCCUCGAUCCUCGGAUCGUGGGUGGUCGCGACGCUCCGGCUGGAAAGUACCCGUACCAAGUUUCGCUUAAGAACAACGGCAGACACUUCUGCGGUGGAUCGAUCAUCAACGAGCGCUACGUCCUCACCGCUGCUCACUGCAUCGUUGGAAUCAGGGAUGUGAGACCCAUCACCGUUCAAGCUGGAACCAACCAACUUAACGCCACCGGGGUCGUCUACGGGGUAGAAAACGUCACUUAUCACCCCGGCUACGAUUCCAACAAGAUCAUCAACGAUGUCGGUGUGGUCCGUGUGAGCAGGCGUAUCGCGAACAGCAGCCUGGUUCAGUCGAUCAGACUGUCCUCUUCCAACGUCGCCGAGGGAUCCGCGGUAGUCUUGUCCGGAUGGGGAACGACCAGGCUUGGAGGAUCGACGCCUAACCAACUCCAGGAAAUCGACUUGAAGGUAUACUCGCAGGCUCAAUGCCAGAGGGUCCACGCGAACUUGAAAGAGAGUCACAUCUGCACCUUCACCAAAUACGGACAGGGAGCGUGCCACGGUGACUCCGGCGGUCCUCUUGUCCAGAACGGAGUUCAAGUUGGUAUCGUUUCCUACGGUCGUCCCUGCGGUGUUGGAUACCCCGAUGUCUUCACCAGGGUGUCCUCCUUCUUGCCCUGGAUCCAACAGCAGUUGAACGAAAUCGUUCCAUCGAUAAAAAUUCAACAUCUUGUUUCUUCUAAUCGGCGCGAUCUGAACCCUGGCCGCGUAUAUAAAUUGACCGCUAGAGUUGUUAGCUUCAUUAUUGCGAAUCUUGCCAAGAUGUACACUCCGGCCAUUAUUGCGCUGUGCCUGGCGGCCACCGUCUACGGCUUCCCCGAGGGCCAAAUCGUGGGUGGUCACGACGCCCCAGUUGGCAAGUUCCCGUACCAAGUGUCGCUACGAAUGUACGGCAGUCACUUCUGCGGUGGAUCAAUCAUCAGCGAGUACUACGUCCUCACCGCUGCUCACUGCGUCGCCGAUCUCAGGAGUGUGAAAUCCGUCACCGUCCAAGCCGGUACGAACCUACUUAGCGGCCACGGAGACGUCUACUCGGUAGCAGAGAUCGCGCAUCAUCCCGACUACGACUCCGACAGGAUCAUCAACGACGUCGCCGUGAUCCGUGUGAACGGACCUAUUUCGUUCACCAAUCUGGUUCAAUCGAUCAAGCUGGCCUCUUUCAACGUUGUCGAGGGAACCAGCGUUGUCUUGUCUGGAUGGGGAACCACCAGGGCUGGAGGAUCGCUACCCGACAAGCUGCAGGAAGCUGACUUGAAGGUCUACUCGCAGGCUCGGUGCAAGAAUAGUUUCCCGGACGUGAAGGAGUCCCACAUCUGUACCUUCACCAGAUACGGACAGGGAGCGUGCAAUGGUGACUCCGGCGGUCCUCUUGUCAGCAACGGAUACCAAGUUGGUAUCGUUUCCUACGGUCGUCCCUGCGGUGUUGGAUCUCCCGAUGUCUUCACCAGGGUGUCCUCCUUCUUGCCCUGGAUCCGAAAGCAAAUGUACUGAACGUUCGAGAACUGAAACCCGGAACCGAAUGCGAAGUAAAUUCGUUAACUUUACUUCGCUUAUGCGAUUUUAAUAAACUUCAUUAACUUCUGACAAUUAA